CACACACAGAAGCUGAGCCCUGCCGGCCUGCCCACCAGCUCGGCCCACCCGGCCCGUUUCUCCCCCGACGAUCGCUUCUCCCGUCACCGUUUGGCCCUCAAACGCCGUUUCGGGAUCCUCCCAACCCAACGUCCACGACCGCUGCUUUGAGAACCGGGCGCCAUUUUAAAUAAACGCUUCUUUAUUACCCCCUUC